GUCUUCAUCCUUGACAUCCUAGUCCACUCAACUCACCUGGGAGAGUCAAAGUCUCAUGGAGUUCAUUUGAGGUCGCUGUAACGUGGUAUGAAACUGGAGGCUUCCACUUGACCUUCAGGGUGGAACUGUCUCACCGAGGUCUGUUUUUUGAGGGUAAAAUAUUCGUAAUGUGAUUCAGCACAGUCUUCCACCUGAGAUUGCAGGGAGCAGCUGAGGGCACCUUUAAAUGUUGACCAUCGUUCCAAGGUCCGAAGACGUGGGUUACUGUGACUGUUCCCAGGCUCCAUCAUGAUUCACAAUUGUGAGCUGGUGGCUUCAGCACUCCUUCGCUGAUCAGUCUUUCAUGCACAGAUUAUGGUUAAGCAUUACUACUUCGGAGGAUGAUGAAAGCGAUUGUUCUGGUCUGAUGAAUGUGUGUGUGUGAGGGUCUGCUCACGUAAACUGCUUAGCAGCUAGAGCAGUGUGUACCAAACCUCCAAAUAAACUUCACAGCGCUCGCGGAUUACACCAUCAAGCCAGUGUUCUGCUCCUUGUCACUUGAGUCAAAACUCACAAGCUUUCUAUGAUGUAUGUUGGCUCAAAACAUUUUAUUCAGCCAAUGAUUUUGCUGUGAAAAAUGGGAGAGUCUUUGUGGACUGCGGUGGAGGUGACUUGUAGGAUUCUAGGUGUCUCUACAGCAACAGUGCUGUGUGCUGUGGGGGUGGAGACUUUACAACAAGGAGAUUUCAACAGUCUUGGCAUCUACCUACUAGUGUCGUCCGUCGGCAUCAUGAUGUUUGAGUUGGCCUACUUUCUGGAUUCCAUGCUGGCAACGUGCUUGCCUUGUCCUCCGGACUGGCAGCUCUUUAUGUUGUGGGGGAAGAUGGCUCACGUCGGGGGCUUCCACAAGUUCCUCUACUACAGCAUCAUGUCUCUGGUCUGCUUCCUGCACCCAGUCUUGGUGUGGCACGCCAUUAUUCCAGGGAUCAUGCUCCUGGUGACUGCUGCAUUCAAUUUCAUACUCAGCAAGAAGAGCAAAAGAGAGCAGGACCUGACCACAGUGCGCGUGUCAGACAGAGCGGAACAGAGCGGCUUGAGACCGGAGCAGAGCGGCCGAGCCAUGCUGGAGAAGGCACCCCAGGAGAGCAGGUGGAAGGAGAUGAGCUGUUUGCUGAAGAGGGAGGAGCCAGUGGGGAGAGAGAUGGAGGUGAUGGGAGGAGACUGUGAGCCAGAGACGACCUCGGACACGGCGCCCAUGAUUGUUGACUGAGACGGACCAUGAAAGAGCGUUGUUAUCGCCCUCUCUGGUGCUACAAAUCUGGACACGUGUUCGCUGAAAUAAAGACUUUUAUUAUUAUGACUGUAUAGACAGUUCCCAAGAGUUGCAUUUCAUUUAGACGUAAUUAAACUUUAGAUAAGGAAAGAUCAUCACCUUCUUUCAUAGAGUCCUGUGAACAUUGACUCUGCAAAUCAUUAAUUAACAACUAGAUUAUCGGGUGUGAAUAAGUAAGAUUCACCGAGCUACCAUCAUGCUUUGCUUUGCUGCCAUCAUCACCUUGCUUCCAGAAAUGCUAGCUUGUCGAUCGCUCAUUUCCUGGAGUUCAUUCUUCACCAGUUGCCUUGAAACUGUACACAUUUUUGCUCCAACUAGAGACCAUGCAUGAACAGGUCUGACCAACAGCCAGACAAACACAAUGAAUGUUUUUGGACAGUGGGAGGAAACCGGAGGACCUAAAAAUGGAACCAUGUUGCCUCAUGCUUGCAAUGAACCUUUGUGUUUUGUUGCUUUAUACUGACCAAUGAGAGAGCAGCCCAGGGUCACAUGCUUGCCUGGAACUGCAACAAUUUGAUGCUAAAGUGAGUGUUUCUACAGAAAAUGCUUGUCUGUGGUCUGAUGUUCACCACUUUAAAAUAUGGGUUUUAGUGACGCCCUCUAUUGACGAGUCCCUCAAUUACACUUUACACAACAAUAGCUAAUGAAAUGGGGAUUUCAUGCUAAAUGUCUGUGUGAAAUCACAUCUUCCAUCUCUGAGCUUGAAAUUUUCACAAUGUGUAUCUGGCGUUUUUUUCCACUGACAGACAUUAAUGCGGGGCAAUCCACUCCAGUUACUGCAGCAUGAAUUAUUCAUGAAGUCAUAAAUUAGAUCAACUGUUUCACUCCACAUCAGGGGAAAUAUGUGCCGAGCCAGGGCAGGUGCUUUGUUCAAAUCCGAAGCUCCUUGGUCGCAUGUUUGUGACCAUGGUGACGGCUCUUUGGUGGGACUGCUGUGAUGUCAUCCCUGGGGGUUCCCCUGAUGCGUCCGACUAGAAUGAUAUGCAUUGUUCCUGAAACAAUUAUUACAGCAUGCAAAUGUUCUCGCUUUGAAUGACAAGAACACAGCGCGGUGUUGUUUAUAUGAUUUAAGUAUUUGAGAGGAAAAAAAAUCCUUUGUUGGAGUCAUAAAUCAAUAAUGUUUCACACACACCUUUGUUGUCAGCGAACAAGGCACGGCCUGAAUCUUCAUGCAGCAUCAUGAGAAAAAUCAAUAUCCCUAGUAGAUGUGAGGGAAAACACAUAAACAGGCGUGAUAUUCCCCCCGGACCUCACAGUGUGUGUAAGAAACAUGUGAUUUCAGUCCAGGGUGACCAGAUUUAGAGCUCAGAACACUGAGUCUUUGUCCAGAGUUCACCAAGGCCCAGUUGACCCACAAUCCUUUUCUUCCAAAUGGACUUGAAAUGUAGCUUCAGCUAGUCACCGGCACAUUUAUAACAAUAGACGAGUUAAGAGGAUGUUAUUCAGCAGCAGGACUUCCUCUUUCGACUGACCAUCAUAAAUCACCUCCAGAGACGGGGGGACUUCCUAUAGUUCUGGAGCGCUGGUUCAUCAGUCCAGACUCAAAAACAGGAUGAGAGGGCUCCGUCCUCGCUGGGUUUUAUUGUUGCUGAAGAGGAAAAGACACAGAUGUAUUCACUUUAUAAAUGCUGAUUUACAGGCUCAGUACAUUUAUUGAGUUUUGUCACUCUAUGAAACAAGAACGUGUUAAACUAGAUCUGUGAAAACUGGGCUCUGCCGUUAUUGUGUCCUGAUAUUACAUUUGACUUUGAAAAAUGUAAUCUACAUUUCAACAUGUUAGUCAACAUAUGGUCCUGUUUUUUGGGAGGUUCUUCCAUAAAUAUUUCACCUCCCGUUUGGAUUUGAAUUAUGAGGCAUGGGCUUUUGUCAGAAGGUCUUCAGUCAUGUGAUUUUUGUCCAUGAAAUUUAGACCUAUGGAAAGAAAGAACGAGCUUCAUCUUUUGGUUCCACAUCACUCAUGCAGAACUUUGUUAUUUUAAAAUGUAUGUUUGUUUUUUUUUUGUUUUUUUUUUGUUUUUUUUUUUAGAAGAAUAUUUUGCAGUGUUCAUUCUUAUAUUUUUGAAAUGAUUUUAACAAAAAUA